AUCACAGAUUCUCCUAUAGAUUCGUACGAUACAGACACAAUCAGCUCAAUAUUUUUAUUGAGAGAGUUCGGAGAAGCAGCAGACACGAAUUGGCGAUUGAUCUUCAAGAUUAUCUUACUGUAAAAUGGACGACAGCAGCCGGGCUGAGAGCUUGUGUAAAGUAUGCGGCGACAAGGCAUCUGGCAAACAUUACGGAGUGCCGAGCUGCGACGGAUGCCGUGGCUUCUUUAAGCGGUCGAUCCGCAGGAACCUAGAUUACGUUUGCAAGGAGAAUGGCCGUUGCAUAGUGGACGUUUCUCGUCGCAAUCAGUGCCAGGCAUGUCGGUUCACUAAAUGUCUUCAGGUCAACAUGAAACGUGAUGGUACGCUACGCUUUAAUGCGGUGCAACACGAGAGAGCUCCAAGGAACACGUCGUCUCUAGUCGCAGCUGCGAGAAGAGGUCCCUCAGGAUUGUAUCCUGGAAUCCCGCACGUUUAUCAUGCAGCGAGCAAUCCUUAUCAUCCCCUUCUGUACCCAGCGUUGUUUCCCUUUAAGCCGACGAUGCCGACUUUCACCCCAGCGGUUGCACAUUUUCUGCCUCGAUCACCGACAGAAUCUUUAACCGUAAACACAGCUAAAGAAGACGAGGUGACGAGUUCCGAGGAAGCUGGAUCGAUUGACGCAAGAAUCGAGCCGAAGGAGGAACUAGCGAGCAUUCGAUUGGCGUCGACUAUUACGAACUCUGGUUCCCCUGAGUACAUGACUAACUUCUCCAUUCUACCCACGGAGAAUAUUUACGAAUUCGCAGCGAAACUGCUCUUUUUCGCAGUCAGGUGGGCGAGAAGUAUUCACUCUUUCUUACAGCUGCCCUACAGAGACCAGACCAUUCUACUGGAGGAGUCUUGGAGCGAGCUUUUCGUUCUUACAGCUGCGCAGUGGAAUUUCCCGGUCGAGGAAGCCAGUCUGGUACCGAACGAUUUAUCGCCCGAGAGGAAAGAAACGCUCGUCGACGAAGUGAGGAGACUGAGGGAAUUGCUGGCCAAAUGUGUCCUCCUCAGGGUCGAUCAUUCAGAGUACGCUUGCCUCAAGGCUAUAGUCCUUUUCAAAGGAGAAUCACGAGGACUCUGCGAGCCAGGACGAGUAACGGCGUUACAAGAACAAACGGUGGCCGUGUUCUGCGAAAGGGAUGCUCGAAGGGUCGGCCGACUGUUGCUACUGCUACCCCCAGCGCGCGCGCUCUGUCGAUCAACCCUCCAAGAACUGUUGUUUAAACCGACUGUAGGGGAUGUCAGCGUGGAACGGUUACUGGGCGACAUGGUCAGUGCCCUCAGACCGACAUAACGCGUUCUUCACUCCGCCGGUAUCUCACUUUUAAAAUGAAACAAAUAACUUCUGCCAAAGAUUAUUCUUUAAAGAUAAUAGCAAUUAUUUGACUUUAGAUGAUCGUCGUUCGAUCUUGUUUCUCAUCGUUCAAUCUCGAUUUGUUCCGUAAAGAAAUUGUAUCGAUCCAGUCAGGAUGUUGUUGCAACUUGAAAGCUCAUGAAUCGAGAAUUGAACUAAAACCCUUUGCGACGCGAAUCGAGCUUGUAUUAAAUCAUAAUUUAAAUAUUGAAUAUGAUAGAAACAGAACGUCAAGGCGAUCUUAACUCGAAACUAUGAGAAAGUAAAAUUAUAGUCGAAACCUAGUCAAUUUUUUCUUAUUCGUACUGUAAAUCAUAAUGUCGUUCCGUUAAGUCUAAUUUUACUUGUAUAUAUCUACUUAUAUCACAUAUGUACACUAGAAGUAAGUGUUUCGUAAUAUGUUAUUAGAUCCAAACGUUGUUUUUUAUAAAACUUAAUUUUUUGUUUUCUUCGCCGAAUGAUAAAAAUUAAUCAAUCGUAUUGGAUGUUAUUAAAUUCGACAGAGAACGUCAGUCAUGUGAAGUAUGAAAAUACAAAAGAAAGUGAAAGAAGGAAUUAAUUUGACGAAGUGUCGAAGAUCAUGAGGCAACGCGAUUGUUCGGUUCAUUUCAGCAAGACCCUCUGAAUUUCUGAAACGUUUAUUUUUCACAUCACAACAAUAAAAUUCGUUUACAUAGUGUAUGGGCGUUCGCGACGGUAAGUAAAAAGUCGUUCAAUGUGGAUGAUCAUCGGGAAGAUUGGCAACAAAGAAGAAAAAAAAGAGACACUAACGCA